AUGGAGGGCUCCGAAGACGGGCUGGUGCUGACGCCGAUCUUGGCCACCUCGAAAAUUCCAAUUUUGGCAUUGAUCAUUGGGUACUGCUACAAGGAUUUACCGCCAUCCACAAUACCCCCAAUACUCUCUACUCUGGUCCAGCUUAUAGAGCACAAUGACCCCAGGGAGAGCCAAACAGAGCUGAUCAGCCUGUAUUUUCCCUCGCUCAAGGAGAUCCUCAAGUUGAUAGAGAAUGCAGUCACGUCGUUUGCAAAUGAGAUGAAUACACAGACCCCCGCGGAGGUGGCCAACGAUAUCAAGGCUGUUCAGAAAUACCUACUAAAUUCGUUGUGGAGUAUAAAUUCUUUGGACAUGUUUCACGAUUUCGUUUCGGGCGUCAACCGGCUGCUCGUAGACUAUCAGAAUACCCCCAAAAAUAACAAUGUCGACAAACGAACACAACCAGGUAAGCUCCUGACCUCUUCUAGUUUUCUAGGCAGGUUUGUCUACAAUAUAGCAAUCGCAUUUGAAGUCCUGGUGUUUGACGACACUGUCGAGCUUUGGAACACGUUCCUCAAAUACAGGGAGGAAACGAAGGAGCUUUGGUCGAACCUCAAUGGCCACAAGGUCAGAAAAAGCCAUUUUGAGGAACCCCAGACACCGUGGCAGAAACAGGUGUUGAAAAACAGCGGGUUACUCGACGCUCGUGUGGACGGCUCGCGUCAACAGGUCAUCUCGCAAAUUGACCUUGCACAGAUGCUCGAACAGCAGGUUCAGAUAAUGCAAAAGUAUUCUCCUCCUCCUCCCCAGUCAAUGAAAAAUAUCUUGAAACUUCUUUCCGAAUCUCAACGUGGAAUCAUUCCUUCUGCAUACUACAUCGACUAUUUAGAGAGCUGGAAACAAAGCGACUAUGAAGGCUCUUUCAAUGCGCUACACCGAUAUUUCGACUACAUGAUGUCCAACAAACAGCAGCUGUUUUACCACUACGCGCUGCUUUCUCUCGCUACUUUACACGCUUCUUUUAAUUCCGACGAGGAGGCUCUGAGAGCCAUUGACGAGGCCAUUCUUGUGGCCAGAGAAAACAAAGAUCUUGAUUGUCUUAACUAUCUGCUUACUUGGCUAUUCAACUUCCUGAAAGAUAGACCGCAUCUAUAUUCUAAGAUGGGAAAUCACACUAGUCGGGAUCAGAUUCUGCAAUUUUUGAAAAUCAAGACCAAAGAAAAUAGAAACUGGGUGCUUCAAUCAAUGACUUUCCAAUAUCAUGCUUUGCAUUUCAUUCUCGAUGGUGGUCCGUUGCGCAAAAUUCUCGAAAACAUCACCCGUGCGUCCUACGUCCUUCUUAAUUUCGAUAUUGGAGCCAGCAUUAGGUCGACAUUUGUGCGUAAUUGCCAGCUAAGCGCCUCUGUUUGGAGCAGGGUUGGCGUCCCUGCGCUGGCUCGGCUUUACGCUGAUGUGGCUCUGGACGCCUGUGGGCCCAACUUGAGCGUUUUCGAUGAAUUGUCGAUCGGCAUGCGCCGGGCAGUUCUUGCCUAUGAAAGCGGAGAUGUGGAUAAAGCUAUUGCUGAAUUCCAAUCGUACGAGGCGACAGCUGUGAACGACAUUUCAUUGAUGAAGAUAUGGCAACCAAGAUUCAUGCUGCUGCAAAGCGAUCUCUGGCUAAAGAAGUGUCGCUAUAGACCGGUGUCCAUUCUGCUGGCACGACUUCAAAGCCAGGCGGACGAGAUUAAUGAUCAAGACCUUUACUAUGAGUUACAACUACGCAAGGCGCAGUAUGAGCUAAAAGUUGGCAACCAGGGCGAAGCUGUCAAGGUUGUGACAAAUGCGCUCUCGCGAAUCGGAGCUGAUGACCAUUCAUACAAUCAUUACUGGUACAUUGAGCUUCAGAUCUUCUAUGCGAUGAUCAUGGCCCAAUCUUCAUCCAGUCCUGAGAGAGCCAUGACUAUUAUCAUUGAUGCGUUGGCUUCCGCUCGCAAAUCAUCCUUAAUCACGUUGGUGGUGAAAGGGUUCAUUGUUCUGUGUGAAAUGAUACUGAAAAUUGAUCCUGUUAACUCUGCAAAGGAUGCAGAGGCCAUUCUUGAAAAACUGAUGCCGUUGUCGCUACAAAUAGGAAACUUAUGGCUCUCCUCUUACGGAUACUACUUGCUUGCCCGAGUGCUCAUGACUAAAACUGAAACACAGGAGAUUACUGAUGCACAUCAGCUAAAAGACGGGUGCAACAAAAUACUAGACUAUCUGGAAACAUCGAUUACUGGAUUCAAGCGUAUGCACGAUCUAGAAAUGAUGCACAAAGCAUUCAUGGUGGAGAAAAAGCUCGCAGAGUUCAGUCAAUUUCCUGACCUGUUGAACCAUGCAAACAGCUCUAUAAGUCAGCUGGACACACGAAUACAGGAAGAAAACAAAUAUUCAAUGUACUGA